AUGGCAUCAAACAGUUGGUGUGAAGUAGAGAAGUGCAGUUGCUGUAUAGCUGUUGAAGAGUCACACAUCCUAAUAGUUUUAAAGUAUGGAACUCUUUGAAACCAGUCCCUACUUCUUUCAAGAUCAGAGAUUUUAUGACAACGAAAAUUAUUUUUCUGCACGGCUCCCUACAUAUGAACAAACCGGAUUUCAAGACCGUGGGUCAAUGGGCAUUUGUUCCGAAGGGGUUAUACUGCAGGGAUCAGGGAUUGAAGAGAAUGUCUCUCCGCAUCCCAGUGUAAGCCAGCAAGAACAUUGUCCUGGUCAAUGCUUACCAUGGGCCUGCAAGAUGUGCAAACGGAAAACAGUGUCUUUGGAUAGAAGACGGGCAGCUACCCUGAGGGAGAAACGCAGGUUAAAGAAAGUAAAUGAAGCAUUUGAGGCUCUGAAAAGAAGCACUUUAUUAAACCCCAAUCAGAGACUUCCUAAAGUUGAGAUCUUGAGGAGCGCCAUACAGUAUAUAGAGCGUCUGCAAGCUCUACUGGCUUCUCUCAACCAGCAGGAGAGGGACCAAAGAGAUUUGCUGUACAUUAGUAACGGAUCUCAGCGGGUGGUUUCAAGUGAAUGUGGAUCAAGUUCUUCGUCUUGCAGCCCGGAAUGGAAUGAGUCUGACUUUAGCGGCAACCAGAGUGAACAUCUUCUAAGUGAUGAUUCCUCUGAGCAACGUGACAUGACAUCAUUGUCUUCCAUCGUUGACAGCAUUACAUCUGGAGACGUGUCUAUAAAUUAUACUGAGCAGCAUCUUGGGAACUAAUUCCAAUGCAUACAAGACAUAAAAGGUUGAAGUAGGAGGACCUCUCUCUUGUUUUCAACCUGAUUAACUAUGUAGCAUAAAAAAUCAAUGCAGAUAUUGUUGUGGACAUCCUGUAAGCUAAAAGAACAUCUAGAGUGUGAUAUAAUGGACGUGUAGUCUUGUAGUACCCUUCAGUUUAGUGGAUACAGAGUGUUUAGUGACCUAGUGAGGGACAUUGGAAUAGUACAAUUUAACCAAUAUAAAAUUAAGUUCUAAAUUUGGCUUGUCCAACCCAGUCCUUAAGGGUCGAAAUAAAAACCAAUAAAGCCCUUAUUUCAGAAACAUAGCUGGAUUCAUGUGUCCAGUUCCUGAAACCUUACUUUUGAUAUAACUGGAUACUGUCAGCUCUGAUAAUAAAUAUAGAAGUCCGACACUUAACUGGCCAAUUACUGUAUAUUUAUAAUCAUUAAGUUAGAAAGUAAGCUCUUUGGGCCAUGAAGCUCCGGUUUAGCUGCAUUACUACUGCACAAAUGCCCAUCAGCCUGCACUUGUCCCAUGCUUAUAGCUUGUCAUUUUGUAGAGUGAUGUUUACUGUACAUUGGUGGUGCUAUACAAUAAUAUUAAGUAUAUACAUUCUUUUUUAAGUAGAGUACAGUGAAUAUUUGAAAUAAUGACACCUAGCACCUUGCAGUUGUUCCCAGGGCCGGAUUAAGGGCCACAUGCGCCUGGGGCUGAAAAAAUUCAAGGGCCUAUUGUGAGAAAUGGGGGAGGUGUGAUCAGUGCUGUGGCUGUGGCCUGAGCCAUCUGGGAAUGUACACCCCCAUCACUAUAAGCUCCAAUGUCUCCCUAACUAUGUAAAAAAAAAAAGCAAAAUUUUGUGCAAAAAUUAGAAAUGCAAUCUUAAUAGUUUUGAUUUAUGGCUGACCAUGUGGCCAGCUGGUGGGUGGUCAUCAUCAUGCUGCCCUUAUGAUGGGCCUAUUUUUAUGUGGGGGCCUGGAGCUGUUGCUCCAUCCACCCCAUUGUUAAUCUGGCCCUGGUUGUUCCUACUGGAUACAAAUCCCAGUUAUAUAAAUUGUCUCCUAAAAUUACUGUAAGUACUUUGAAAAUUAGAGUGCCUUAUUAAAAAUUACUACUGUAAUCCUUCUAAAAAAAGGGGGGGGAAAGGACAAAGCACAGGAUCAUAGCAAACAGAACAGGUGAGAGACAGAGAUUGAGAAGCAAAUUAUUUACAAAACUACCUAUUUACAGUAUACAGUAAAGUACAUUAAUCUCUAGAAAUUACUCACUAUGUAUUCUGCAUUUACUAAACACACAUCAGAAACACUGCCAAAAUACUUUAGUUUCAUUCAUUGGGUUCCCCCCCACCCCCACCCCCCCCCCCCCCUGUUUAUUAGACGUUAGAUCGCAACCAGAGUUUGUUACAGAUUGUUUUAUGAUUUUGAAACAGAAUUAAUUGAAGCACUAAAAAGCUUUUUGUAAUAUACCUUGAAACUUUUCAACACCUUUAACUACCUCCCACGGAUGUGGGUUGGACAACUCUGUAUUAAAUAAAUAUCAACAAAUAUUGACAUACGAUGAUCAAUUACUCUCUUAUGAAUGAACCAUUAUCCCUUUAAGUGCCAUAUUUAAGUAACUGACCCUUAAUGUGGCCCUAAAAAGGCAAACUUAUUUAAUUAAAUUAUUAAAUUAAAUAUAAUUACACCUACUUAAUUUAAAAUAAAAAUAGAUAAUUUUAUUUAAUGUUCAAUCCAGGUCAUAUUUAUUAAAAUUAAAUUAAGAACAUUAUAAAUAGACCACCAAGAAAAUAUAAAUGAUUUUAGACAAUAUUAAAGAAAAAAAACUUCUGAUAAAUUCCAUCUUUUGGUAUAAGAAUGUUUUGUAAUAUAUUUUCAUAGCCAUUUUUAUUAAAAGGGGUGUGUUGUUUUUUUGUAGAAAUAAAAGGUUUUUUUAAUUGUUCGGUGGGGCCAAUUGUUGUUUAUUAUUAAUUGCAAUAUUGUUUGACCAAUUUACUGUAACAUGAUUUGACAAUCUUUUUUUAUUAAAUG